GGGCGUCCUCCGUCUCCAUGUUGCGCAUUUAUGGAGAUAAUAUUCAAAUUUUUUUCCUCUAAUCACGACCUUGAUGAAAUACGAGUGAGUCAUCCUUUUACUCUGCUGAGCCAACUCAAGGACGUGAAGCUGACAGGAUAUUGAUCCGCAAGUAUUAGGCUGCCGAGCGCCUCAAGUCCAAGGUGAGACCAUCCAUCAGAGAGCCAGGCAUAGAUUAGUAGGUACAGGCUCCCACAUCCCUCUGCUGUGCCACUCCCUCUUUUGCUUCAUCACUCCUCCCAGCUUUGAUGGUUUACCUCUCUCUCUCUCUUUCUCUCUGUUCGCGUCUUUGCAAGGACACCUGUACACGCUCCAGCUGGCAGGCGGACUUUGGAUGUUUGGCAGAAAAUUAAAGUCAGCAGUACAUUAGAACCUCAGACCCACCGAAGUCCCUCAAACUCUGCUGCGCUGUUGAUAAGCGCGAAGAGGAGAGAGGGUUGUAGUUGGGAGUGCAGGGAGCAGACAGACGAGCUUUGCGCGGACUUUUGCGUCUCCAUCGUUCAUUUAUUUGCAGCCCACACUGACUGAUGCUCAUAGAAAAGUGACAUGCAAUCGGGAGUGAAUGCGCUGAAGUCGUAGAUAAACUGCGGCUCGCACAGAUCCUGCAGGUUCAGCUUGGUGAUUCGAAAAGAACUGAGAGGGAGGGAAGCAUGAAAUCCACGAGUCAGGAUCAGAGUUUGUCAGACUCCAGAGAGCUGGACAGAUCUUACGACCCACUCACAGGUAAUCCUCCAUCCAAACCCAAUAAAAAGACCUUAAAGCAGCGCUUCCUCAAACUGCUGCCCUGCUGUCGUUCUGGCUCCAGCUCUUCAGUUAAUCAAAGGAGCAUAGUUGAAGAUGGUGAACUAUCGACAGUCUGUUACAGACCUGAGGGCCUUGAUCGUCUUGUACAGCAGACCAAAUUCAGCAAAAAAGAGCUGCAGGUCCUCUACCGGGGAUUCAAAAAUGAGUGUCCGAGUGGUGUGGUGAAUGAGGAGACUUUUAAAAGCAUCUAUUCCCAGUUCUUCCCUCAGGGAGAUUCAAGUAUGUAUGCACAUUUCUUGUUUGAAGCCUUUGACACACAGAACAAUGGCUCGGUCAGCUUUGAGGACUUUGUUAUAAGUCUGUCCAUCAUCCUGAGAGGCUCCAUCACUGAUAAACUCAACUGGGCCUUUAAUCUGUACGAUAUCAACAAGGACGGCUGCAUCACCAGAGAGGAGAUGACAGAAAUAAUGCACUCCAUCUAUGACAUGAUGGGGAAGUAUACAUACCCCCACAUGAAAGAUAGUGCCCCGAAAGAGCAUGUUGACAGCUUCUUUCAGAAAAUGGACAAGAACAACGAUGGAGUGGUCACGAUGGAUGAGUUCUUGGAGACGUGUCAGAAGGAUGAGAACAUCAUGCAGUCCAUGCACAUGUUCGAUAAUGUGAUCUAAGGAUUGGUGGACAUAGACAGAAAACAGAUUUCUCACCUGUUUGGAGCGCUCUGCUCAAAUGCAGCUCAUCGCCAGCGUGGAUGAAUUUUCUGAGCUUCAACAGCGGUCCAAGGUUCAAGUAGCAGUGACUUAAAGAUACCGACCCCAAACACACAUUUUCUAAAAUACUUUUAAUGAAUAGACUGAGCAGAAUGAGUCAAGUGUUGAUGCAAAAUUACCUGACUUGUGGGGAAUGUGAAAUUUUAUUUUUUAUACUACACAUACGAAUGAAAGCGUUAAAGGUACACUAUGUUGCAGUCUGACGAAAACAAGAAUUGCUAAUGAACAGUUUCCUCAAGCAGCAGAUAUGCACAACAAGCAGCUGCGAUUUUAAAAUUUGAUGACGUUCUUUCUAAAUUAUGACUAUUACAAUAUUUCUCUAUUGCAUGUGUUCACACACUAAAGUGAGACAGUGGCACCGGAUAUACAGACGUGGAACAAAUGGAAUAACUCUUAAAUGUUGUAAAGUAUCACACACUCUCUCUAAUCACUCUUGUCCUAUAACAGAGGAUAGCUUUAAGUUUGAAAUCAAAGCAAUAACCUUACAUAUUAUCAGUCCUUAUCUGUCCUCUGUGUUCUUAUGGAGCUCACCACUCACAUUUACUAUAAUUGUGCAUAUUGUGUGCAUGAUGUAUCUGUUUUCAUUGAAUAGUUUAAUGAAAGUGUUAAUAUAUUUUCUAUAUGGGCAUAGUAAUGAUGGUGAGGAGGAAACUAAAUAAAAUCACACAGUUGCUAUGCAAAAGAAAAAAUCAUUAAAUUACUGAAAUAUGAUUGAUGGGUUUGGCUCAGGUUACUUGUUUUUUUUUUUUAAAAGUGCUGAAACAGUGCUUAAGAGGGUGUCACCUGUCUAGAUUAUGAUGUGCAUUACAUUCAUGCAACAGAAUGUAAUGAGAGCCGAGCUUUUAAGAGGUUCCUGGCACAACUUCAUCUGCAGCCAAGGUGCAUGGAGCAAGUUCAGCAACACUUCAUUUAUAUUUUAUUUCUAAUGUGUUUCAACUUGUUGAUUUUUUUUGGGUCAACAUAAAAACAUGACAAACAAUACGUACGCAGUUCAUUGCUCAAAUACGGUGUUGUCUGUCGGAUGCACCCUUUCUCCAGAAGCAAUAAUUGGACUAAAACCAAAUGAUCACAUAUCCAGCCAAUCAUAGGAGGUGCCAACACAGUAUGUGGCUGUGUUGGUGGCUUUGUAAUUUUCUAUGCCACACCUAUCCUAAAACAGUGCUCUGAUGAAGUCUACGAGUUGAAUCAGUUGAGCAAUAAAGUCUUUCUAUAAACUAGGCGUUGCACAAGUUUGCAGUUUUAAAGUCUAUCAGCAGAAUGUAGUUUUAUUUACACACCCCCCCCCCCCAAAAAAAUAAUCUUGGGCUUAUCCAAAUCAACGGAAAACCAGUUUUAAAUACGUCCACAGUGUCUGUUUUCACAUCCUCUCCUCUGAUGUUGCAGUCGUCUCUUACUUGAACACCUUCAGCACUAAUUUGGCUCCGAGAGGAUCUUUAAAACUUUAACAGCAGGAAACGUUGCAGUGUAUUCAAUUAAACAAUAUAAUUCAAUAAAACCAUUUUUGCCUUUAAAUCAGACGACUAAUGACAAGAGUAAUAAAGAACUUGCGUAAAAAAACAACAAAAAGAAAACAGCAGGUGAUUAAUCAGAACUCCAGCUGGGAGGAAGUUGUUCAACUGAGUGUUGCCUAAGCAGACGAUAUAAACCCAGCAGACAACUAUUAGAUGUACCUAGCUCGUACUGGGUUGGACCCAAAUCUGUCUUUGUGACAUGGAUUUAACUAAUUUCCACAUGAUAAGCGUAAGAAAAUGGAUGUACAGAAAACAAGAAAAAGCACAUUUCUGAUUUAUAACUCAAUAAACAUGAACACAAGAACAUUUUGAAUAUAUAUCCUUUAUUUUUAUUAAACAAAAUUUAAGUAAAAACUCUUAAUAAGUAGAAAGACAAAUUUCCCUGUCAGUAGUUUUUUUUUCAACCACAGCUGUAUUAUCUCAUGUGUUUACUACGGAGUUGGACAAAUCUGUUGCACAAGUAUGUAAAUGUGUUUUUUUUUCAGUGACUACAUAUGAUUUCCUCUCUAAACUCAUUUUAAAAUCAAAGGCAUCUCUUUCCUUAUUUUCUGGUAAUUGUGCAUGAUGUGAAACUUUCCCAGUAAAUAACUUAUAAAAGUUGAAGAUGACUCUUGAAAACAAACAAACAAAUAAAGCAACCGUACUGAUCAACUACAGUCCAAAUAAAACGCAUCAGAUGAUCACAGAAGAGAAGGGAGCAGCCGUACAGCGUUAGCUCGAGUAUCUCCGCUUCUCCCCAUUCGCUCACGUCUACUAAAUUUUGUGACACGUGAAAGAAGUGUUAACCACAUCUUCGCUGACUCUUGGGCCACAGUGUGAGAAAACUGACAGUAUAUAGAGCCAAAACUACAGCAAAGUCGGAAAUGUGUCUUACAAAGGCGUUAAGCGGAGUUGGUGAGUAGGUGCACUGUGCACGCUGAGCCACCUCUGGCAGUGUUUUCAACUAUUAUUCUCUUUUUCUUUCUUUUUCUUAAAAAAAGAAGAAGCUACGAUUAUCAUCACAAAAUAAAAUCUCUUUGGCAUAGAAUACCCACCCAAAAGCGUAAACAAACACGCACACUCAUGCACUCACUCUUAGAAGGUUCUUAAAAAAAAAAAAAAAAAAAAAA